AUGAUUGGUAAAAGAACAAACUCUACAUUUCUGAUAAUAAAAAAUUAUUACAACGUAUGGGUGGGAUACAACAAGAAUGUACAACAUAACUCUUAUUUUAAAAAUAGCUUGGAUUAUAUUUUCAAACCUAGGAGUAUUGGAAUUAUUGGUGCCACUGAAAGAAAAGGGUCUGUUGGUAAUUCUAUUGUAGAUAACCUAAUAAAAGGUGAAUCAAAUUAUAAGUUAUAUUUUAUAAAUUCUAAAGGUAGUAAGAUUUAUAAUAGACAGAGUUAUAAAAGUUUAAAAGAUAUAAAAGAGGAUAGUGUUGAUUUAGCUGUUAUAGCAGUACCCAGAAAUCAUGUUGUAAAUGUUAUGCAUGAAUUAAAAAUUAAAAAUGUUCGUGGUGUUGUUAUAAUAACAGCCGGAUUUAAAGAAACAGGAGCAGAAGGGUUACAUUUAGAAAAUGAAAUUAUUAAUAUAGGCAAAACUAAUAAUAUGAGAAUAAUAGGACCAAACUGCUUAGGUAUAAUUCAUUCUUAUCAUAAUAUGAAUGCCUCCUUUGCAAGUAAUGAUAUAUUAAAAGGACAUUUUUCUUUAUUAUCACAAAGUGGAGCUAUUUGUUCAGCUGCUUUAGAUUUAUCACUUCAACAUAAUAUUGGAUUUUCUCAUUUCAUAUCAGUUGGAUCAAUGUGUGAUGUUCAAUUUUAUGAAUUAGUAGAAUAUCUAUUUUAUGAUGUGAACACGAAAUAUAUUUUAUUAUAUGUAGAAUCUAUUGGAGAUAUGAACAGAUUUGUUGCAGUAUGUAAAAAAGUUUGCUUAUAUAAACCUAUAAUUCUUCUAAAAAGUGGGAAAACAGCCAAAGCAGCUGAAGCAGCUAUUUCGCAUACUGGUUCUAUGGUUGGUAAUUAUGAAAUAUUUUAUGCAACCAUGAAAAAGUUAGGUGUCCUUGUAGUUGACAAUUUUGAAGAAUUAUUUAAUAUGUGUAAAGUCUUAAAUUCUUCAAAAUACCCAGAAACUAAUGAAGUAUGUGUAGUUACAAAUGCAGGUGGUCCAGGUGUCUUAUUAGUUGACAAUAUUAUAAAAAAUGAUGGGGUAUUAAGUAACUUAAACGAUAAUUUAAAAAAUGAUUUAAAUAGCUUUUUACCAGAUUCUUGGAGUAAAGCAAAUCCAAUAGAUAUACUUGGAGAUGCAUCACCAGUAUUAUAUAAAAAAACUAUAAAUGCUAUAAUAAAAGAUAAGCAAUAUAAAAAUAUUAUAGUUCUAUUAUCACCACAAAGUGUAACUGAACCGUUGGAUACAGCCAAUGAAAUUAUUAAUCUUAAAAAAGAAGCUAAUGAAGAAGGAAGAUUAAUUUUAUGUAAUUAUCUUGGUGGUACAGCAUUAGAAGAAUCAGCAAAUGUGUUAAAUAAAAAUUAUAUUCCAACAUUUGUACAUCCUGAACAUUCAGUUCAAAAUUUAUUAAAAUUAUAUAAAAAUAUUAUGCAUAUACAAGGAAUCUAUCAAGAGAUACCAGAUUGUUUAUCUAACACAGUAGAAAAUCAUUAUCUUAACAAAUUAAUAGAAGAAUAUUAUUAUAUGAAAAAUAAAAGGGAUAUACAAAUGUCUGAAAAAAGAAAAAAAUCCAUUGAUAUUAUAAAAAAAGCUAUACAAAAUAAAAAUUAUAUUUUAAAUGAAUUUGAUUCGAAAAUUAUAUUAGAAAAUUAUGAUAUUCCAAUAGUACAAACUAGAAUAUUUGAAAAUGUAGAUGAUAUUAAAAACAAUGACAAUUUUACAUUUCCAUGUGCUAUGAAAAUAUAUUCAGAUAAAAUAACUCAUAAAAAGGAUAUAGGUGGAGUUAUAUUAAAUAUUAAUAAUAAGGAAGAAUUAAUUGAGUCUUAUAAUAUAAUAUAUAAUAAUGUUAAGGCACAUAAAUUAGAAAAAGACUUCAAAGGUGUAACAAUUCAAGAUAUGGUAAAUAUAAAUGAUGGUAUAGAAGUUAUAUUAGGUUAUUACUAUGAUAAUAAUUUUGGACCUGUUUUAUUAUUUGGAUCUGGAGGUUCAUAUGUAGAAAUAUUUAAAGAUAGUGUUUUGUUAAUACCACCUCUUAAUUUUUCAUAUACACAUCAUACUAUUAAAAAUACAAAAAUUUAUAAAGCAUUAGCAGGAAAUUAUUCUCGCUUUAGAAAAUGUGACAUGUCAAAACUUAUAACAACCAUUGUUAAAUUUUCAGAAUUAAUAUUAGAUCUUUUACCAUAUAUUAAUGAAUGUGAUAUUAACCCAUUAUAUGUAUCUGGCGAUAAAAUUAUUGCACUAGAUGCACGAUUUACAUUAAGAAAAAAUAAUAUCAGUGAUAAAGAAGAAAAUAUUUAUUAUGAUACAUUUUCUAAAAUAUAUCCUAUUGAUUUUAUAUCCUUUAAUGAUACAAAAAAUGAUAGUAAUAUUUUGGCAGGUAGUAAUAAUAUAAAUGUAUCAAAUAAUAUAAUAAAUGACACAAUCCUAAAUUGUAGUUUAGAUAAAAUUGAUUCUAUAACUAGAUGUAUUCAUCCAUAUGACUUUAAACUUAUUCAUAAAUUUUGUAUAGAUAAUUACAAAGAAUUACAUAACAACACUUUUUUUUAUACUGAUAUUGAUAGUAUAAAAUCAGAAUUAUUUUCUUAUGAAUUAUGUAAUUGUGAUUAUGAUUUAUAUAAUGUAAUUUUGUAUUUUAAUAAGAAACAAGUUAAUGGAUUAAUCAAAAUUGAAAAAAGAAAUGAAAAUAAUCAUUGUUAUAUUUAUGCAAAAGAUAAUUCCACUUUUUAUAUCUUAAUACAAAAAUUAAAUAAACUUUCAAAGAAACAAAAUAACAAAAAUAAUUAUGUUUAUUUAAAAACUAAUUCUCCAUAUAUCCAAGAUUUACAAUCCAUGAGGUACAAUUUGGAACAUACAUAUAAGGAUGUAGCUUGCUAUAAAAGCAACAAUUAA